UCCGCGGCCCGCGCUCGGCGGCGCUCGGCUGUCUCCGGCCGCUCCUCGGCGCUCGGGUCCGUGGCCGCUGCGGCGCCGGGCAUUUCUCCGCAGCUCGGCUCGCGGCCGCGCCCGCCGCCGCCCGGCCCCGCGCCCAUGCAGGCCAUCAAGUGCGUGGUGGUCGGCGACGGCGCCGUGGGGAAGACGUGUCUGCUGAUCAGCUACACAACCAACGCCUUCCCUGGAGAGUACAUCCCCACUGUUUUUGACAACUACUCAGCCAACGUGAUGGUGGAUGGGAAGCCAGUCAACCUGGGGCUGUGGGACACUGCAGGGCAGGAGGACUAUGACCGGCUGCGACCACUUUCCUAUCCUCAAACUGAUGUCUUUCUGAUCUGCUUCUCCUUGGUGAGCCCAGCUUCCUUUGAGAAUGUUCGUGCCAAGUGGUACCCAGAGGUGCGGCACCACUGCCCCCACACACCCAUCCUCCUGGUGGGCACCAAGCUGGACCUCCGUGACGACAAGGACACCAUAGAGCGGCUGCGGGACAAGAAACUGGCACCUAUUACCUACCCACAGGGCCUGGCCAUGGCCCGAGAGAUUGGUGAGCUCUGUCAAGUACCUGGAGUGCUCAGCCCUGACCCAGCGGGGCCUGAAGACGGUGUUUGACGAGGCCAUCCGGGCAGUGCUCUGCCCACCCCCAGUGAAAAAGCCUGGCAAGAAAUGCACGGUCUUCUAGAGCCCCUCCCCAGGCCAGCCUGGCAGAGGGGCAGCCCCUGGCCCGAGUGUGCCCUUGUGUUGAGCUGUUUGGUGUCCAAGUCUGCUGUGGGGAGUGGUAUGGGUGGGGAGGGGGAAGCAUGGGGACAAGGCUGGGGUGACAGGGUCCUGUCCUCUCUGCCUCCUCUUUCCGGGGUACAACUCCAGCCUUCCCUGGCCCCCAUGAGAGGCCAGGAGGGAGCAGGGUCUCCCUCAGGGCUGCAGGGGUGGGUCCAGGGCAGCCCCAGGAUGGGCUU